CCGACUUCCAUGCUGUCCCGCGGCAAAACACGGGCCUCUUCCGAUCCGACACCGCUCUUUUGACCGACAAGCGAUCCACAGGAAUCGCGCCCAAUUUGCUCGACUCUAACAAAGCGGAUGGGCUCUAUCGGAGUCCUCACGGGGUGCUAUGUCCGACGAUCCAUGAAAGAUGUUAUUUUUCAGAACAAUUUCAUUAGAAGUCCUGAAGCUCGAUGCAACGGUGCACCUAAGUCCUAAAAUUUCAAUUUUUUUUUGGACUAUGAUUCGUAUUAUAUCUCAAAACAUUUUUCUAUUCGAAGAAAUUAAUGUUCUUGUCGUCUCUCUCUUCACUUCGCCAACCAAUGGGAGGAGCUCAAGAAGGGCCGCAAUCCUCCUUCUUCUACUGGCUAACCUUAGCCAGCUCUCGGCGCUGACGGCGACGCCUCGGAGGCGACGGGGAGAGAUGGAAGCGACGCCGUGGCUGCUCCGGUCGCUGCCGCUGGCGGCGAUGGUGGCGAUCGAGUGCCUCGACGUGGGCCUGACGACGCUGAGCAAGGCGGCCAUGUCCCGAGGGAUGAGCCGCUUCGUCUUCCUCGUCUACUCCAACGCCCUCGCCUCCCUCCUCCUCUUCCCCCUCUCCUUCAUCCACAGGGAGAAGAGGCCUCCCCUGACCUUCUCGGUGCUCUGCAAGUUCUUCUUCCUCGCUCUCGUUGGGAUCACUGCGAUGCAGAACUGUGUGUUCGCUGGAGUUAGCUACAGUUCGCCCACGCUUGCGUCUGCUAUGGGGAAUUUAGUGCCUGCUUUCACCUUCUUGCUCGCGGUUAGCUUCAGGAUUGAAAAAUUGGACUUCAGGAGCUCAAGAAGCCAAAUUAAAAUUCUUGGCACCGUGGUAUCCAUUUCUGGAGCCUUGAUCGUGACACUGUAUAAAGGUCCUGUAAUUGGCGGUGGCAUGUCUGCUAUUCCUUACCCUGAUGAGAGCUUUUCAACUUCACAACCCAGCAAAGCUUUGCUGGCCGACGUCCCUAAUUGGGUUAUUGGUGGCAUGUUCCUGGCGGCCGCUGGUUUAUCUUUGGCAACGUGGAAUACAGCGCAGGCAGCAGUUCUGAGAUCGUAUCCGUCGGAGGUGACUUUGGUCUCCUUCUGUUGCUUCUUUGGGACCCUUCAAUGUGCAGUAGUUGCUCUAAUUGCAGAAAGAGAUCCAAAAGCUUGGAAUCUAAGGCCCAGUAUUGAGCUCAUUGCAGUCAUCUACGCAGCUGUAGUUGGGAAUGUGGUGACCUUUUGCGUUUGUUCCUGGUGCAUACACAAAAAAGGCCCUAUUUUUGUGGCAAUGUUUAAACCCUUAAGCAUCGGUAUAGCUGCCAUGAUGGGUGCCAUCUUCCUUGGUGAUUCCCUCCAUGUCGGUAGUAUCGUAGGAGCUGUUGUAAUAGUGGCUGGCUUUUAUGGGGUUAUUUGGGCGAUGUCUCAAGAAGAAGAGGAUGGUAGAAAUUGUGCAAGUGGUGAGCUGCAAUCACCUUCCCAGAAAACCCCGUUACUUGAGAGCCACGUGUAUAUAAAUUAAGCUGCUUAGUUUCUUCUAUUUAAGAUUUUUCCCUCAUGUAUGCCAAUCCUUGUGCAAAAUAUUCAAAAUUAUGUGCAAUAAGUAUCUUAGAUGGCAGUAUUAGUUCUACUAUCUAUAAGGUGUGCACAUGCAAUGGGGCUAUCCUUAGUACAAGUAUUGACAAGCGGUCAGCUAUUCAUAAAAGCGAUUACCUCAAUCUUGUCUAGGAAUGACCGUGUCCCUCUGUUGGUCCAGAUAGAACUGGUAAGUGCAUUGUGAAGUUGUACUUACUCAAAAAGAAAAGAAGUGCAUUGCGAUGUUGCUUUUGUUUUCCCUGUUGAUUGUAAUGCUUUGUAUAAGAAAGGUGGACUCGGCCUUGAUCUGCAUAUUCAUCUUGUAUGAGUUAUUCACGAGCAUAUAGUGAAAAAUGGUUUCAGUAUUC